CUCUCUUCUCUCUCUCUCUCCCCUCUUGUUGCAAAAAAAAAACCCCAUAAUCUCUCCCAACUAGAUGGUCCACAGAUGAGGAGGAAAAAAAAUGGAGCUGCAUAUUUUGGAACACAGGCUGAAAGUGGCGAGUAUAGUGAAAGAAGGGAUCCAACUCUUUACCCACGCAUUAAUAAAGCUCGCUUUCCUGCCUUCAAAGACGAGAUGCAAGUUCUUCAGCCUGAUGGAGACGCCCGAAGACUACACUAUAAUCGUGGACGAGGAGGGCUUCAAGGAGUUGCCGGUCACCGAUCUCCUGAGCGUGGCGGGGGAGACCUGGCUGGCGCUGAACGUGGUGUCGGGGGGUGGCAGCUUCUCCAGCUCACAGCCCAUCGGGGUCACCAAGAUCGCCAAAUCCGUCAUCGCUCCCCUCGCCGACCACAACAUCUCUGUCUUCAUGCUCUCCACCUAUCAGACCGACUUCAUCCUGGUGCGGGAACGAGACCUGCCGCUGGUGAUCCACACGCUGUCGGCAGAGUUCACCAUCCUCAGGGUCAUCAACGGUGAGACCGUCGCUGCCGACCACUUAGGGAUCACCAACGGGUUCGUCAAACCCAAGCUAGUUCAGAGGCCGGUCAUUCACCCCCUCUCCAGCCCCAGUAACAAGUUCUGCGUGACCAGCCUGGACCCGGACACACUGCCCAGCGUAGCCACCCUCCUCAUGGACGUCAUGUUUUAUUCCAACGGGAUGAAGGACUCGGCCACGAGCUGCGACGACAAUGGACAUAUUCGCUUCUUCUCGUUCUCCCUUAUUGAGGGCUAUAUCUCCCUGGUGAUGGACGUGCAGACACAGCAGAGGUUCCCCAACAAUCUCCUGUUCACCAGCGCGUCCGGUGAGCUCUGGAAGAUGGUUCGUAUCGGUGGCCAACCGCUCGGCUUCGAUGAGUGCGGGAUCGUGGCUCAGAUCGCUGAGCCCUUGGCCGCGGCCGACAUUCCCGCCUACUACAUCAGCACCUUCAUCUUCGACCACGCCCUGGUACCCGAAGAAAAUAUCAACAGCGUAAUCAACGCUCUCCAAGUCAGUCAGAACAAGAAGCAGUAAAGUGGUCGGUAGAUGCUGCGCGGAGUGGGAAUGGUGAAUUUCAGGGGAGAAUCCUCUCGGGAGGACGGUGACGGGAGCAGGCGGCUAGUUUUGUGAGGGCGGGGGUGCAAGGGUGGGGGGUGGG